GGUAAAAGACUAUAUAUUCUCACUGCGCUCCUUACUUCAUAAGAGUCAGCACAACCAUUGAUGAGAAGCAGUGAUGAAGCGCUGUACUUGCUGUGUACUGCUAGUCUUGUCUGCUGUGCUCUGUGCUCAAUUCAGUGUCGAAUGUGCUUCAGUGGACAUCUUUAAUAUGACAAUUAAACACACAUCACAUAGCAUAAACCUGUCCUGGGAGAGACCAGAUAAAACUAAAAGCAAAUGGUGCUACAGGACCCAUGUGCAGUACCGGAGCCACUGUGAGACUUCCUGGAAGAAUAAUACUGACAUUUCAGAGCUCUCCUUUGAGCUGCCUGCUCCAGACAUGAAAAAGAAUUAUGCUUUCAGACUAAGGAUGAGGCUAGAAUGUACCCAAAAGCCAUGGGGAGAAUGGAGUCCAAUAAAAUACUGGAGGAAUGACACAGGACCCUGCAUUACAGAGGCCCUGACAUUUACUGUGAAAGAUUAUCUAUUGAUAACAAUACUGCCACUGGUGGGCUUCAUGCUUGUCUAUGCCCUAACACAUGAUCGGGUAAGAAGACUUGUCCUUCCUAUAAUUCCAGAUCCAAAGCAUACUCAAGAGAGAAUUUUAAACAUUGAACAGAUUCAGUGGUGGAGCAACUUUACACAAACAUGUGAAGAUUGCAAGGUUUCAGAGAUAAAGGUCUCUGACAGGGAGGAGGAGAACACUGAACUCACUCUCAUCAAGUGUGAUCUUGAUGAACAACCCCCUCACACUCAUCCUACACACACAUUUCCUGGAAAGCAUAGCUUUGACCUUGCAACUAAUGACAGCUUGUAUUCCAUUUACUCUUCCGAUACAUCCGAGGACAACAUUGAUACACAAUGUCCAGCUACCAGACCAGGCUAUAUCAUUAUUUAAAUAUUGACUUUGCUUAUUUAAGUGUGGUUCAGGGAGAGAAAGAGAAAGAAUGUACAAGUGUGCUGCUAUUCUAUUAUGCGAUUGUCUUGAGUUUGUCUAUCUAUUAAAUAGUUUAUAGAUAUGUUCUGAAACUUUUUUACUUAAACCCGCAUAUUUCUUGACUCAUCUACCAGGCUGUCAUACACUAUUCUUUUGUCUAAACACUUUUUAUUCUUCACCAGUAAGCAUUGACAGAAACCCAAGCCAGUUCUCCUGCACCGUGUGUGCAACAUUACAGCUGGACAAAAGAGGGCACUCUUACUAUUCUGACGAUUUUGAGGAUGGUUGAGGUGUAUCAAAGGCAGCGAGGAACACACUCAUCAUCAUCACAGCUCACACUAAAAGGAGGAUAUAGGUUAAUUUGAAUGCCGAUUUAAAAGAUUAAUGUAGCUGCCUGCAUAAUAGAUGUGUAGUUUUAGUGUGAUGGCAUCAAAAAGCCAGGGCAGGAAGGAUCUGCUUCUUCUGUCUGCUCCUUACUGCCAUGACUGAUGAGGAAGUGUUAAGAGCAGGAAAAUAAACACAAGCAGGACAGGAUAUUCAAACACUCAUUAAGAGGCACAUAUAAAGUUAAUGACCCUGGAUUGUAUUUAAGUCUUCACAGACUGAUCAGUGUUUACGUCACGUGUUGUCGGUUUAAAAUUCCUCUUUCAUGCACACAGAGCAGACACAGUGCAGGCACGUCCUGUUUUAAUGACUGCUUUCCACUAUUUGCAUCUAUAAUUAUUAGAUUAAGAUUAAGUAACAUUAACAAUUAUAUCAUUGUUUAUGCAGUGUUUAUGGUUUUUAAUACAGCUUGUUAGAAAUCUCCAUUGCAUAAUGACUGGAUCUUCAUGAAAUUUGCAUCUGGCCAUAUCAAUAAGGAUAAGCUUCCCAUAUUUUCAUGCUAGCACAUACUCUGGGUGUAAAUGAGACCACUUUCACUGUCAGGUCUUUCAGGCUGAGCGAGGACCAAAGGGAUCAUAUUACUGACUACAAUGAGCAGCCUUGUGAAGACAUCUGCACAAGAGAAGACAUUUUUUGAAGCUGCACAGAGCAAAAAGCUCAAGUUCCGGAGCAACGGCAUCAUAUAGCUGCCUUAUAUCACAUGUUACAUCAUAUUGUAAUACUUUAUGUCAGAUUGUUGCAAGACAUUUUAGUGAAAAUUUGUAAAAGUGAACAUCCAGAUGGUCUAUGAGAACCCCACAGCAGAUCAUGUAGCAUGAAAGGUGUUGUUACUGCAGAAUUCCACAGCAGCAGGUUACACGACACGUGCUUAGUGCAUCUCCAUACAGUGCUCGAUACAGGAUGUGCUCCAUAAUCUUGCAAUUUAGUUCAUUUAACCACAGUGUUAACCACAAUGUAUAAUAUACUCCCUUAUAUUUGUUAGAGCUUGAAUAUUGUUUAUCCUGACAAACUUGUAACUAACUCUAAUUGAGCUUUUGAACUCGUCAAAACUACAGCGCUUCAAGAGAAAAAAAUCUUUUUUUUUUUUUUUUUUAAAUCAGUGUUUCAUCUUUUUCUUCGAACCAACUGCUCCAUGGUGUAAACUCUCUUUGAUGCACAAACCUACAGCCUCGGGGUGGAUGUGAUUGAGCCGAGCUGAGCCGGAGAGGCUGUGCAGUGUUCCACUGUAAGCACCUGAGCACUAACCAAGGGGGGCAUGCAAACUGUGACCACAAAAUUCUUGUGAAAACAAAGAAAUUAUCUUGCAGUUAGGGAAUUGUGCAGUGAACAAAGCAGCUGUGCACAAAUGAGGGCGAGAGGAAAAAAGGCUUAUUUAGGAUAGCCGUGAAUAAUCAGAACUGCUGUCUGCCUCUUACGUCUGUCUUGCCAGUUUUAUGUUUCAGCCUCUUCCAGCACCCAAACACUGGAUAAAAUAAAUA